AUGGUCAGGCAAAGCAUGGCCAACGCUGAGGCCAAGCAGGCGGGGGUCAUUCGCAAUUACCCGGUGGCCAGCUGGCGGGAGGGGGCCAAUCACCAUGCAGUGGAGGUUGCAGAAUGUGUCCAGCCGGACCUACACAUGAUGGAUAAUGUCGUCCUUCAGGCAGCGCUCAAGCACUACCCCAAAAAGGCGCAGAAAUUCACAGCCAAGGGCAUCGUGGAGGCCUGGUCAGACGAGAUGAACUUCUACAACAAGCCCAACAAGCUGCGGACAGGGGUCCAGCUCUACAAGCACGGCCAUCUGAUGACCCCCACAGCGGAGUUAGAUUGGAUCGCGGAGGCUUUCGGGGAAAGAUUCGGGGCCCAGUUCUCUAGUGAGCCUGGGGCACUUCUACGUCAACAUGUGCCUGUUCAACUUCAGGAGGACUACGUGCUCGAGGAGCUCCUGAAUAUUCCUGUUCGGAAGGCUGUCCCUCCUGGGGCCGUUCCCGCGAUUGCGUGGCGAGCAUGUGCUGCACAGAUUGUUCACCCUCUGGUCCGGAAGGUGAACGAAGACUGGCGAGCAGCACAGGUCCGAGUUCAUCAGGAUUGGGCCAAGGCAGAUGUUGCGCUUCUUCCCAAAGGGAAAUCCAAUGCUAGCUCUCCACUGGACCUCAGACCCAUUGGUUUGCAGCAUCCGGUGGGGAAAACCAUCAUGAAGGUUGUUCUCUCGAUGGCAAAGGAGGAAAUGGUCGAAAUGGUGCGGAAGUGGCCUCAGACGGCCUAUCUGCCAGGCCGGUCCACUACUACGGCUUUGAAAACUGUCUUUGCUCACUGCGAUGCUGUCAGAACACAAUGUGCUCGUACCAGGCGGAGCUUGCACGACAAAUACGACGGGAUCACUGCCCCUGCUUUCACAGGCGGGCUCCAGGUAAGCCUGGAUUUGACUGCAGCUUUUGAUUUAGUAGGAUGGCAGCAUAUCAAGCAUGCGAUGGAGAUGGCGCACAUCAAUGAAUCUGUUCAGGAACUUCUCCUACAGUGGCUCCGCCAAGUGAUCUACGUGUUUCAUCACGGCCGGGAUUCAAGGUCGGUGCGGCCCCAUUGGGGACUCAGACAGGGAUGCAUUGCGUCCCCUAUGCUGUGGAGCAUCUUUACGGCUCUUCUGUGUCAGGCUUUUGAUGUCCAGCUACGUGAAAGCUGGUCGGGAGAACAUGCUGUACUGUAUGCCGAUGACUCACACCUAAGGUGGCAGUUUAGUACAUUCAUGGGUUUGGAGAAAUCCAUCGCGGAGCUCAGGAUCAUUCUGAAGAUCUUCGCUCGGUUUGGAAUGAAGGUGAACGAGAAGAAGACCCGGGCACUUCUGAUGGUCACGGGCAGUGACAAAGGGAAGGUGCACAAACACUAUGUUCGUACUGGACACGAGGGCAAGCGCCUUCUACUGUCGCCGAAGGAUCCUACCAGAUGGCUACCGCUGGUCACUCAGGCUCAGUAUCUGGGACUCAUCAUUGCCUACGAUCGAUUCGAGGCCCUCUCCACGCGCCACCGCAUCUCCAAAGCGAACCAGCGCCGGUGGGCUCUCGCCCCGGUGUUGCACUCUCGUCGGCUUGGGGUGAAAUACAAGUUGCAGGUGUGGCGUUCAUGCGUGCAGUCGACGCUCCUCUACGGGCUCCAUGCUUUUGGCCUGACGCCCAAGUUGAUGCGUGAGAUCCAAGCCACUGCGAUGAAACAUGUUAGGGCUGUGGUAUCGGACCCCAGACAUGUUACCGGCCAUACACAUCAGGAAGUUCUUGCUCAAUACAAGCUGGAGGACAUGCACACCCUCAUCAGCCGGGCACAUGAUCGAGAACGGGCAGAUGGUGGGGACCCUGACUGGAUGACUCUGCCGGCCUGGAAUGAUCAUAUCACCCAAUGUUUGCAGGAAGUGGUGGUGGCCAACUCUGGCCAAGAUCAGGACUCUGAGCCUGAACACUGGGCAUGCCCGGAGUGCGAUUCCUUCUUCUGCACGGCGGCUGCCUUGAAGAUCCAUGCACAAAAGGCACACGGUAUCUACAACAAGAAGUCGCAAGUGGCACCAAACAUGUUCGGGCCUCGCGACCAGGAGAUGGACGAGUUCUUUGGGGCGGUUCGUGCAGGGACAGAAGGGACCCCGGGGUACCAGGGGGAGGGAGAUCAGAGCAUGAAUCCAAAACGGAGGCGGGAAGCUGCGGUACAUACCGACUGGGGCAGCGGAUCCGGAUGGGGCAACCAUCAGUCGAACUCCCACCACUACCCUCAGCACCAUCACUAUCCAAAACACCACGGAAGGGAUCCCUUGAUUUAUUCUUUGGCAAGGGUCGUGCUUCAGCAGGAGCAGGAGAUCAAUCUGCUGAAACAGGACACAUCGUUGGUUCUGUGGUUCAGUCCGGGGGGCGACUCGAUUUUGGGUCAUCUCUACCGUACAGCCCUGGAAUUCAAAAAGAAGCAGGCUGCCGAGCCCACUUGGGGAAUGGCCCACAUGCCGUUGAAACAAGUUAUGGCUCUCUCGAUGUUUCGCGAACUAAAGGACCGCCACCACAAGGUUCUCAACACCAAGGAGUUGCUUCAGCGAGCAUUGGAGAUGGGAUGGCGGGACGCUCAGGGCUGGCACUUUCAGCAGUGGAACCCGAAGCUAAAGCAUCUGGAAUUGGACAAAUCUCGACCACAACUCUCAGACGUGGACAUGUCGAACAACCUGGAGGUUCUGACGGAGCAUGUAAAGAAAGAUGUGGUGCAUCGCUUUCACUGCACACGACGCUUGACAGAGACCAUGGACAGCAAGGCCACUUUCAAGCUGGACCUCUCAGUUCGGAACAAACAUGCGGAGGAGAUUUGGGACAUCCUGAUCGAGCUCCAGGGCUGCUGCGUGUUUCAGUUGAUCGGUUUGGGUUACAGGCGGGAGCGACUGGGCAAGGGACCUCUUUACCAGAAGAUACAGGAGCAGCUCCGGUAUUGA